GUAGUGUAGAGCAUGGCCGGUGUCACAGGGAAAUAUCUCUCCUGUGUGUUGUGACAUCUUCAGGGAUGCCAUUAUCCUCUUGUGUAGUCACAGCGUGCAUAAAGCAUGUCUGCAGGAACACUGGAGACAUAAGGGAUCUCGGGAAUGACCAGUGUGCUGGGAAAUAUUUAAGAAAGACAAUCCACCGUGUAACCUGGUCGUAAAGAACCUGUGCGAAGCCUUCCUUCAGGAGAGGAGUCAGGGGGCUUCAGAGACUGCUGGGUCUGGGGUGUUCUGCAGUCUGCACAGGGAGGAGAAACUCACGCUUUUCUGUGUGGAGGGAAACGGCUCAUUUGUGUGGCCCUCCUGUAGCUCAGUUGGUAGAGCAUGGCACUUGCAACGCAAGGGUUGUGGGUUCGAUUCCCACGGGGGGGGGCAGUAUGAAAAAAUGUAUGCACUCACUAAUUGUAAGUCGCUCUGGAUAAGAGCGUCUGCUAAAUGACUAAAAUGUCAAUUGGAUCACAAAAAAAAAAAAUGGUGUCAGACCUCGAACCAACAUAAAGAUCACAACUGCUGCCCGACAGAUGAAGCUGCACUGGAUUGUAAGGAGACAGUCAAAACUUCACAGUAGCCCCUAAAGAAGAAGCUGAUGGCCUUUGAUGAAAUGAAACAGACCUGCUAGAAGUCAGCAGUGUAUAUUAAGGCCCAGCAGACAGAGAAGCUGAUUAAGGAGGAGCUUCACUAGUUCCUUCGAGAUGAGGAGAGGGCCAGGCUAGUUGCACUGAAGGGGGAAGAUGAUAGGAAGAGCUGGUUGUUGAACAAGAUUGAAAGGAUGAACAGAGAGAUGACAUCUCUUUCAGAUACAAUCAUAGCCAUAGAGGAGGAGCUGAAAGCAUCUCUUUCCUGCACACCUACAAGGCCACGG